GACGACAUUGCUACGUACAUUCUGCCGAAAUGUUUCAGAAUCUCUAGAAUCGAACAUAUAUUGCGAUAGCUUCAUACAAGCUAUACGUAACAUGGAUUACAGCUGAAGAAAAUAUACCCUAAAGUUUGAAAGAGUGAGGAAAGUGGUCAAUCGGGCGCAUCACCAGCUGGUCAAGCGUGGCAUCCCGUCAAAAUCCCAAAUACGUGUCCCGUACAAAAAACCACCAGACCAUGGCCAAGCCAAAGUCGCAAAAGCGCGAGGCGAACGUCAGCAAUGCCAGCCCGCCGCUGACGCAAGAGAACUUCGAGAAAGAGCUGAAGGAACUGGCCAAGAAGGCGAAGGAGGAGACUUUCUUCAAUCAUGCCGUUGACUGGGUUGGGACCACCGUCAGGGCUGUGGUGAUACUCGCCCUGGCGGCAGCGUCUUCGUCGGUUUCACAACUUACGCUGUCGCCUGUGUAUGGCGCGAUUCCGGCGUCGAUAUGGCACGAUAAGCUUGUUAAUGCUGCGUGUUUCCUGGGGUGGUCGGGGAGCUUUUGGUUGAGGAGGAAUGUGCGAUGGAGGCUGAUUGAUCUGCUGCCGUUGAUUGCAUUCUACAUCCCGGCGGUCCAAUACUUCCUCUUCAACUACAGUAAUACGUUUGGUGCUACAUAUGGGCCGCUUAUUACAGAGUUGUUGACUGUGGCGCCGCUUCUUCUAUUCUCAGCAUCAGCUGUGGGGUUAGUAUUGGAGGAGUUCGGAAUCACGGGGAAGUGGCAGUCGGUGCCAGGAAUAGCAUCAUUUGUCUUCCUGAAGAUAACAUCAGCCUGGUCUGCGAAUGUUAUCCAGAGCACCAGCUACAAGUCCGUACUCCUGUCGCGUGUGUCCUGGCAGGUCCAGCUCGCGGCGUCCUACGCCCUCCUCGCGCCGUCGAAGCUGCUGCUAUACGCAGUGCCGGCUCUACUCCACACAGCCAUCUUCAAUGCGCACGCCCAGACCCCCUGGGCGACGCAGGCCCUGAACUCGAGUCUGCAAGCUGAGGGUUAUAGGCUCAUCGCUCGCCAAGACUCGAAUACCGGCUAUAUCUCCGUUCUGGAGAGUGUCAGCAACCAGUUUCGCGUCUUGCGGUGCGAUCACAGCUUGCUUGGGGGAGUAUGGACGAUGGACCAGAGCCACAAUCCGGUUGUUGGCGAGCCUGUGUAUGCUAUAUUCACCAUGCUGGAGGCGGUUCGGUUGAUUGAAGCGCCCGUUUCUGUCCCUGACAGCGAGGCACACGCUCUAGUCAUCGGCGCGGGCAUUGGCACGAGUCCUGGUGCCCUCAUGGCCCACGGCAUCAACACGACGAUCGUCGAGAUCGAUCCCGUCGUCCUGGAGUACGCUGUAAAGUACUUCGACCUCGCACCCAACCACCACGCCGUAAUCGACGACGCUGUCCACUACGCGGCGCAAGUUGCCAACGACACCACCCAACGCUACGACUACAUCAUCCACGACGUCUUCACCGGCGGCGCCGAACCCAUCGCCCUCUUCACCGACGAGUUCCUGCGUAACCUCCACCGCGCCCUGAAACCCGACGGCGUCAUUGCAAUUAACUACGCCUCCGACCUCCUCCAGCCAAGCACCCACCUCAUCAUCCGCACCGUCCUCGCCAUCUUCCCCUCCUGCCGCAUCUACCGCGAGACAGCGACACCCACAGCCGCCGAACUCCUCGCCGCGGGCCAGGACUUCACCAACAUGGUUCUCUUCUGCCGCGCGAGGUCAGACGCGGCGAUUACCUUCCGCGAGCCCGUGGAACGGGACUUCCUGCGCAGCGGGGCGCGGAAGGCGUAUUUGGUACCGAAACAUGAGAUUCUGCGCGGGCAGUUUGAUUUGGAGGAUAUGAGGGAUGUGUUGAGGGCGAAUGAUACGGCGACGUUGGAGGAGACGCAGAGGAAGAGCGCGGUGGGACAUUGGAAUGUGAUGAGGACUGUUGUGCCGGGGAAGGUCUGGGAGCUGUGGUGAGUGUGACUGGGGGGUAGUAUGUUCUACAUUUAGCAUGGAGGGAUGUGGGGUUGUUAUAUUUUCACAUUUAGCAUGGAGGGUAUGUAGUUGGUGUCAUAUAUGGUUGGUGAUAUAUAGUUGAGGAUGGUACAUAGUGUUGGAUUAGGAGAUAUAGGUGUAUAUAGGAAGCAGAUUAGAUAAGAGAUAUGAUCUAUGGCCACAAGAUCAUGACUGGUUAGAGCUGAGUAUAUAAGCUGGGAAAGGACUGGAGAGAGUUGAGAGAG